GUAACCAUGCAGGCUGAUAAUUGAAAAAGAGCACCAGCAUGGACCGUGAGGGAGGUACUGGAUCUGAUCGCUGUAUGGGGAGAGGAUUCAGUGCUUGCAGAACUUCGUUCUAAAAGACGAAAUGCAAAAACUUUUGAAAAAAUCUCCAAGGGCAUGAUGGAGAGAGGCCACAAUAGGGACUCUGAGCAGUGCCGCGUGAAAGUCAAGGAGCUCAGACAAGCCUAUCAAAAAACAAAGGAGGCAAACGGUCGCUCUGGGUCAGAGCCGCGGACAUGCCGCUUCUACGCCGAGCUGCAUGCAAUUCUAGGGGGGGCUGCCACCACUACCCCACCUGUGAUCGUGGAUUCUGGGUCGGGGAUAGUCUCAUCAGCGACGCCUGAGGAUUCUGCCGAUGGGGGAGAGGAGGAGGAUGAGGAUGAGCUUGCAGAGAGCACACAGCACUCCGUUCUCCCCAACAGCCAGGAUCUUUUUCUCACCCUGACUGAAGUACCCUCCCAAGCCAGUACCCAAGACUCUGACCCCAUGGAAGGGACCUCAGCAGCUGCAAAUUCCUCAAGCCUCCCUCCUCCAUCCCGAAGGUUAUCACAGAUAAGGCGUCGUAAGAAGAGAACGCGAGACGAGAUGUUUUCUGAAAUUAUGGAAUCCAGCCGCAGUGACAGAGCUCAUCUGAAUGAGUGGAAGGAAACAGUUUCAAAGUAUAGGAAAGAAGCCAGUGAACGUGAGGACAAGAGGGACCAACGUGAGGAGAGGAGGGACGCUCGAGAUGAGAGGUGGCGGCAGGAAGACCAGAGGAGGCAGGAUGCAACGCUGGGGCUGCUGCAUGAGCAAACAGACAUGCUCCGGCGUCUGGUGGAGCUUCAGGAACGGCUUCUGGAAAACAGACUGCCGCUUCAGCCCCUGUUCCACCCUCCCCCCUCCCCAUGUUCCGUAUCCUCCUCACCCAGACGUGUAAGAACGCGGGGGGGGAGGCUCCGUACACCUUCCCAUUCCACCCCAGUAGACAGCCCAAGCAAAAGGCUGUCAUUUUUUUAACCUUUUCUUUGUGGCUUUUUCCUUCCC